AUGACGACUCUCCAUGCUCUCAAGAAAGCCCUCAAAAGGGUUGGCGAUGAAGCGCCCCGUAAACCAUUGAACGAUAAAGAGUACGACGAUGGGCUUAGUUUCUUUGCCGAGGCCUCCGGCGAGCAGACGCACCAGGAGAAUGUCAUAAUUCCUCAACUGUCUGAACUGAUAACCUCCCUCUCGACGCGAGAUGAGAUCUCGGUCUUGGAGAUUGGCCCAGGCCCGGAAAGUGUUCUAGGGUACCUGCCGAUGACUCCGAGGAAGAGGAUCACGAAAUACGUCGCACUAGAGCCAUCUUUUCAAUACACCCAAAGUCUCCAAAGAUGGCUAUCGCUUAAGGAGAACGAGAGACCACUCCCCUCCUUGAACUAUUCGUUUGCUCGCCUAGCUCCCUUCAUAAAGGGGAGCUGCCCCGGCGAGAAGUACGACGUCAUUCUUUUCUGCCAUGGCUUGUAUGGACUGAAAAAUAAAAAGGAGAUCAUCAGGCAUACUAUAGAGAUGCUGCCCGAAGAUCCGCUUGACGGUAUGGUCAUUAUCUUUCACCGCGCUGGCUCUCUCAUUUUCGACAACCUGAUCAAAGACGAUGAUGAAGCCAUCGACAGUUUCAGUCGCUUCAUCGUCGGAUACCGUUUGACAACCGGAGUAUUAUAUGAGACCCGCCAGGCUCAGUGGCGGACGAUCUGCCGUGAACUGGCGGGCCAUGACGACGAUUACCCAGGCCAUCUCAUAUUCAGCUCACCUGAAAUCAUGAUAGCAAUGACUCGACAUGCCAACAAGCUACCUGACUUGACUGCCUGCUUACCAUCAGUACCCAGGCCACCAUUAGACAUCAGCCAGGUUCAGUCGUGUGUUCGAUGGGCACUGACCAACAGAACUAGCUUGGCGAUCCUGGGUGGUGGCCACAGUGAUCAUUGCCUUUGGCCUGGUGUAGUUUCCGUUGAUAUGAGUGCAUUCGACAAAGUCCACGUCGCCAAUCCACCCCAAGAUGUAGACACGGAAUGUUGGGUUGUCGCCGAAGCUGGGUGUAAGACGGGGGACAUCAUCCGUGAGACUAUGGCUGUGGGUGUGACAGUGCCUUUGGGCUCUCGACCGAGUGUUGGUGCAGGCCUUUGGCUCCAAGGCGGCAUUGGACAUCUGGGCAGACACUGCGGCCUCGCCUGCGACGCUAUCGUCGGUGCUGUCAUGGUUGAUGUUAUCAGCGGUCAAGUUCUCUGCACCGGUUACGUCCCUGAACAACAUCGACCUCCGAAUGCCGUUCGUCACGAACAGGACGAGGGACUAUUGUGGGCCUUGAAGGGAGCCGGAACGAAUUUCGGUAUUGUCACCAGCGUUACUUUCAAGUCUUACACAGCUCAGGUAUUCUCAGUGCGUAAUUAUGGUCAGCCAAACGGCCAUGACGCUGAGAAGACACUGGCAACUAAAAGUCGCGAGGUAUCCAGCCUAUAUCCCCACGAUAUCUCUUCAGACUUUUACCUGUACUGCGAAGGUGGAGAGAUCCGCUGUGGAAUGACCACUUUCUUAUGUUCCUUGGAGGGUGCGUCACAGGAAAUUUCUACGGGACCGCCUCGGAAGACAACUGAUGCUAUUGAGCUCUUCGACAAGGAGAUGUAUGUAUCCAAGAUGCAUGCCGGACACGGGGGCGGCAAGACUUCCGCCUUCAAACGGUGUGUUUUUCUAAAGGACAUAGCCAACCCAGAUACCAUAAAAGUCUUGAUAAGUGCCACGAGGGAUGGUCCUACGCCCUACUGUUAUUUAGACCUUGUGCAUGGCGGUAAAGCCGUGAGACAUGUUGCACCUGAAGAGACUGCUUUUGGUUGCAGAGACUGGGAUUUUGCUUGCGUCGUUACUGGUAUUUGGCCCAGAGAAUAUGAUGGAACACACACUGCUGACGCUGUUGUUCGAUGGGUCUACCGGGUUGUGAACGAGCUCCUGCCGAUGAGCAAAGGUGUCUACGGUGCAGAUCUUGGCCCUGAUCCUCGAGAUAGUAUCUUGGCCACCAAAGCUUUCGGCCCCAAUCGCCGAAGGCUGGUUAAACUCAAGAAAGCAUUUGACCCUAAGAACAUCCUCGCGUACACUUGCCCUCUGACGCUUAUCGGCCUGCCACAGAAGCUCGUCAUUCUUGUCACCGGUGAGCACGGUGCUGGGAAGGACUAUUGUGCUGGUAUCUGCGAGGUUACCAAGAGAAAAUACGUAGCAGCAAAAGGUUUUGAUCUUGUCCGUCUUCUCAAUGAUCGACCCUACAAAGAACAACACCGGAAGUCUCCUAAUGAUUUCUACAAGAGCCAACUGGAGGCAGGUCAUUUUGCGGCAGAGAAUCAUUUUCUCGAAGUACUGGAAGAAGAUGAUUCGGAUGUGCUGUUCAUCACUGGUAUGACGGAAACGGCUCCGUGUGCAGCGCUAUCGCACCUUGUUCAGGAUGCCAGGCUGAUCGACGUCUGGGUUCAGGCGAGCAAGGGCACGCGAAGCUUGCGAAGACGGGGAGACGAAAACACGUGUAAAACACCAGACAGCGAAGAAUACAUGUCUGCAGACGACAUCUACUUACCAAACUUCACCUUUGAGAACGAAGCGAAUGGAGAGGAAGCGGUGAUGUGGUUUGCCAACCAACGUCUUAUUCCUUUCAUGAGCAAAGAGCUUCAGAACCUGGCUGGCAUGGUGCCAACAGUACCGAACUUUCCACGCCAAGGCAUCGACUUUCGAUACGUGCUGAAUAUAGCCCAACAGAAGGGAGGACACGCGCUGUGCACUUCGCUCCUGAAGAGUCAUUUCGCAGGUAACUGGGACAAGGUGGAUGCUGUAGUCACUAGCGAAGCCAGUGGGUAUAUCUUUGCCUCGCCUCUGGCACUGGAAACAGGAGUACCUCUGGUUCUAAUCACAACAGGCAACAAAUUCCCCUCACCUACGGUAUCUGUUCAGAGACGUUCGUCGCACAUCUCGACUCGCAUAGUCGGCGCGACGGAUAAGGGUAUUUUUGAGAUGAACGCCAACAUAAUUCACAAAGGCAAUAAAGUGGUUGUUGUUGACGAUGUUCUCGCAACUGGAGGAACGCUCGUGGCGGUGCUCGAGUUACUGGUCAAGGUUGGCGUACGACCAGAGGAUAUUAGCGUCAUGGUUGUGGCGGAGCUUCCUUUUCAUCGUGGGCGACAGAGGCUAUUGGAGAGUGCGUUUGGAAGAGUGGCUGUUCAGAGCCUCUUGGUAUUUGAUGAGCAGUAG